AUGCAGAGGAAUCAGAUGCAUCGGAAUGCGUGCGAAGACGCGGCCGCCCAAUUCAUGGAGAUCACGGCGAAUCCGCCGUUGAAAGUAACCACAAAGCAUCGUCACUCAGUUCAUUCCGGUACAGUACCACAUCUACAAGUUCGUAUGACACAUCGGAAUAGCAGUUCGACUGGGAGUACCGAGAGAUUCGAGUUGGAGCCAAGUGAGCCCACCGGUGGUCCACAACGAUCAACAUCCAGCGACUACUGUAAAGUGGACAAGAAGCACUCGAUAUCCGGCACAACACGACUAUUAAAAUGGUUGGGGAUCUCGGACAAACAGACAACCGAACAGACGGAGCAGGCAGCGAAGAAGCCGAUGUCUAAGCGUCGGAUGUCUACUUUUACUUAA